AAAAGAGAAAAAUACAUUUAAACCAAAUAUUUGUUAUAGAACAUUAUUGAAUAACGAACCGAAGGUAUUGCGCGCCUUUUGUACUCUCUCUCUCUCUGACUCAUCACUCACUCUCUCCUUCGCUGCACAGGAACUGAAUCGCCAACACCAUUUCAUUAGUUCACAAAAAGUUAUGAUCAACACUCCGUUAAUCGAUUCUUUGCCUCCCCUCCCAUUAAGGGCUUUGCAAAUUGUUUCUAGUAAAGUGAAAAGCCAUAUCCGCGACGAAAUUGGUGAUUCUAAAUUUUGCAUACUUGUUGAUGGAGCGCGAGACGAAUCGCAGAAGGAACAAAUGGCUGUUAUUUUGAGAUUUGUUGAUAAAGAAGGGUUUAUACAAGAGCGAAUGUUCGAUAUCGUGCAUGUUAAAGACAGUAAUUUGCAGUCCUUAGCUCUUAAGGAAGAAAUUUGUGAUGUACUUUCUCGAUAUAAUCUUGAUGUUUCGAACAUUCGUGGUCAAGGGUAUGAUGGUACUAGCAAUCUGAGAGAUCAAUGGAAUGAUUUACAAACGCUAUUUUUGAAUGAAUGUCCUUAUGCAUACCACAUUCAUUGUUUUGCACAUAAGUUGGAACUUGCAUUGAUUUGUGCGUCGUCGGAAGUUUAUGCAAUUCAACAAUUCUUCUUGAUAUUGAAUUUUAUUGUCAAUAUUUUCAGUUCUUGUACUAAGCCCGGUGAUACUAUACUAGCUGCCAAGUUAGACGAAAUCUCGCUUUUGCUGGAGAUCGAUGAGCUUGAAACUGACAAAGAGGCGAGUCGUUCUUCUACUUUGCAACGAGUUGGUGAUGAUCGUUCGAGGUCACAUUUUUCUUCUAUUUGUUGCUUGAUUAGUAUGUAUGAUUCAGCAUGUUAUGUUUUGGACGGAUUAUCUCAUGAUGAAGAGUCGAGUUGUGAUCAACGUGAGAAUGCUUCUAUUGCUUACGAUAUCUUGAUUACAUUUGAGUUUGUAUUGAUCUUGCAUUUGAUGAAAAAUAUUAUGGCGAUAACUGAUAUUCUUUGUCAAGCUUUACAACACGAAUAUCCAGAUGUUGUUAAUGUCAAACAUAUAGUUCGUUCUACCAAAGCAAUGCUUCAAAAUAUGAAACAGAAUGGUUGGGAUAAGUUGUUGAAAAAUGUUAAAUGUUUUUGUGAUAAAAAUGUUAUCAUGGUUCCUCAGCUCGAUGCUCCGUAUGAAGCAGGACCAUGGCGUUCUCGUGAGAAAAACGAUCACAUCACAACAGAGCAUUAUUUUAGAGUAGAGGUAUUUUUUACUGUCAUCGACAAACAGAUACAAGAGUUGAAUAGCAGGUUUAGUGACCAAGCAAUGGAGUUGUUAACUCUAAGCUCUGCAUUGGUUCCUAAGGAUACUUACAAAGCUUUUAACAUUGAUCAAAUUGGCACUCUUGUAGAAAAAUAUUAUCCUAUGGAUUUCAAUGAGCAGGAAAAGAUUGAUUUACGAUGUCAACUUCAACAUUUCAUUACUGAUGCUCGUCAAGAUUCAAAGUUGAAGAAUUUGUCAACUAUCGAAGAAUUGUGUACAUGUUUGGCUGAAACAAAAAAGUCCGAAGUUUACUACUUGAUUGACAGACUUCUUCGCAUUAUCAUGACUCUUCCGGUUUAUACGCCUACAACCGAAAGGUCUUGUUCAGCAAUGAAAACUUUCAAGACUUUGCUGAAAAACAUGAAGGAAGAUGAGUUUGAUGCAAGCUGUAUGAUAGUUUACAUUGAAAGGGAGAUUGCAAUAAGUUUGAGAAUUGAUUCUGAUGAGUUCGAGUCACUCAAAGAACCCAAUGACUCACGCCCAUGUAGCUCUGCAAAUGAUUGCACUAUCAGACCAUCAGAGUUGCUCAGCGAAGAAGAAUCUAAAGAAGAAUCCGACAAAGAAUCUGAUGGAUCCCUUCCGCCUCAAGUUGUUGAAGAGAUGGUUGAGGAUGAAAUCUCACCUAGAUAUAAUACAACCAUUCUGUUAGAGAUGGUGCAUCAACCAAAUCUAAUCAGAUUGUUUCUCUUUGUACCUUUCAAAGGACCUGAAGGAGUAGUGCUGAUUCAAUUUUCCUAUCUUGACAAACAAGUUCACAGUUUUGUUUUUACUCGAGGCUCUUGA